AUGGAAGAUACAGAUCUAGACAAGAAACUGGGAUCGUGGGAUGUCGACUCAACUAUCAAAUUUGCCAGAGAACUCCCUGCUUUAGGGGUUGAUCUAUUGGAUGUCAGCAGCGAUGAAAACAAUCCCGGCCAGUAUCUUGAUGGAGCUAACACGAAAGACUACAACGUAAACAUUGCUGGCAGGAUCAGAGAUGACAUCCGCGUCAAUAAUCUAGAGUUGUUGAUCGGAGUCGUUGGCAUGAUCACGACAGCAGAACAGGCUGGAGACAUAGUGGAACAGGGCGGAAAUCAACCCAAGAAAGACCCAGAUGCAGAAGGCGAGGCUACAAAACAGGUGACGCAUGUCAAAAGCAAUAGACAGGCAAUGGAAGAUUCUGUUUUUGUUGCUAGGCCGUUCUUGAGGGAGCCAGACUGGGUCUUCAAGGUUGCCUCCAAGUUGGGAGUAGACGUCUGGCGGCCAAAUUAG